AAGGACACACAUCUUGUCAUGUAUUCACAGGAAGUCAUUGGUUGAAUAGGUUCAAAGUUCAUACUUACUGGUAUUAUCUCUAUGCAAAAACUCAAGCAAACAUGGGGCUAUGUUCUCUAUUUGACUAUGAGCAUCAGGCUAAAAAAAACACUCGAUAAAACUGCAUGGGAAUAUAUCAACUUUGGAAGGGAAAGAAAAUGGUGUUUUCAUGAUAGCAUCCAGGCAUUUUCGAGAUACCGGAUAAGAAGCCGAGUUCUCCAGGAUGUUUCAAAGCGUUGCCUAGCAACAACAGUGCUUGGUCAGUCAAUUCCCUAUCCCAUAUGCAUAUCACCUACAGCUUCUCAUUACUUUGCUCAUCCGGAUGCUGAAAGAGCCACAGCUAAAGGAGCUGAAGCUGCAAAAGCCUUGAUGAUACUCUCUUGCGAUGCAACCUGUUCCAUGGAGGACGUCUCCGGUGCAGCACCCGAGGGACUCAGAUGGAUGAACAUCUAUCCCUUCGCAGAUCGUCAGCUCACGGAAUAUACCAUCCGUAAAGCAGAUAAACUCGGAUUGACGGUGGAUUCUCCGGUGCCGGGUGUAGAUGGGGCUGUGGAUGAACUUUUAUAUGAAGUGACCGAUCCCCUCCAUCGCAUGCCAGUCUAUGAUGUUGAUAUUCCCUCAGCUCGUGUUGCGGAUCAGUGUAACUUGACAAACCACUACAAGUAUACGUGGAUGAGCAGCAAUACAACUCAAAAGCUACAUGGGAAGAAAUACGAUGGAUGAAGAAAAUCACUUCCUUGCCAAUUGUCUGCAAAGGCAUACUCACAGCUGAAUCUGCUUCCGAUGCAGCAAGGGCAGGGGCUGAUGGGAUACUUGUAUCAGCUCACGGUGGAAGACAGUUGGAAAGUUCACCAGCUCCGGUAUCUAAAUAUAAUUCUUAGUCUUGGAGUCGGUCUCGUUAGUGUGACUGUGGCCUUGAUAUCAUAAGGGAAAAGGGGAAAGAAAGGAUUGGGUAAAAUGAAGUGAGAGAGAGAGAGAGAGAAGGGAGCGAACGGGAAGAAGAGUGAAAGAGAAAUAGAGGGGAGAAAGAGAAAGAAGGACAACCUUCCUCCCUAUUAACCCUUUUACAAAAUGAAGCUUGUCGCUAGCUAGUUACUAGCUUGUCACAAUCUUAUUGAGCGUCUUUUUCAGAAAAUAAGCGUGCUGCAAUCUAGCUGCCACCUUUUAACUAGCUUGGAACACAAUAACCAGCUUGCGGUUAGCUAGUUCGUUCCAAAUAUGUAAAUGAGUUGCACGCUCGCUUGCUCAAUUAAAUUACUGAGCUGGCAGCAAUCUUGCAAUGUGACUAGCUAGUAUACUAUCUUAUAGUAAAACAAGUUAGUUUGUUUAUUGAGGGCUAGAUAGUGACAAGAUUGUCAUAAAAUUAUCAAGUUAGUUGCAAGUUUGCUGCAAGCUAAUCGAGCGAGCGCGCUACUCAAUUACAUAUUAUUUGAAACGAAACAAGCGUGAGUCGCAAGCUAGUAACCAAAUUGUACAACAAUGUAUGAAAAUGUGUAUAAGGUGUUUUCCCCCUUUUCACACCCCGCCGUUUUAUUUUUAUCCUUUAUUUCGUAUUUUACUUUUUAAAAUCAUAUUUGCUACAUUAUUUGUGACAACUUUUGUAUACUAUCAUGAUUUUAUUCUCCCUUUUUUGUGGAAAUAAACCAAAUCUAUUUUUCAAAAGGAAAUACAUUCAGUUGUUCUUUGUUAGUAUAAACGAUUUUUCGCUGAACGUAAAAUGCGAAAUAGGGGGAGGGGGAUGUCGCAUUAUUAAAUCAUUUUAGUAAAUAACAACAUACAUGUACAAAUUACAGUUAUAAACAUGACGAGAUUUAUUUACUAAUAUACAAUUUCUGCAUAGAUAUAGAAUUUGAAUUGAUAAUAAAAUUAAACAAUAUUUGUGUUGGUUUUCAGAGAGUUAAUUACAUGUUGUUUUUAAUUAAUAUAUUUAGAUAAUGUCACGAUCAGAGAUAAAUAAUACAGACAUGACUUCGCUGCUUACCCAUUUAAAUUCCAUCCUUAUUUAUUCAUCAGUUUUAUUUAAAAACAGUGUAGUCCAUUCAGGACCCAAAGGCCUCCUUUACAAAUAACAGUAAAUCUUUUCAAAAUGAACGAAUCUUUCAUUUUUCUUCAAAUGUUCAUCAUAUUCACAUUCCACAAUAUUUAUUUCACAUUUUUGCACGCUAACAACCACUUGUAUGACUUGUUCUCUCUUCUACACAUUCUCUCCAAUCAAUCUAUUUGAUGGCUAUUGGCACUGAAUUCAAUGUAUGUUUGCAAGUCGUUUUUGUUGAUUAGAGUAGAAAUCAUUAAAAAUAAAAACAUAUUGAUGCGUGUCGCGAGUCAGUGGUCUUUUGGGGGAGUAAAUUUAAGGAUAUACCAAGAUUAUACACAUAAUACUACUGAUUAUUAUUUUCUAUCAUGACGUCGAUAAUAGGAUCCAUGAUUGGGGGGGGGGUAUCACAACAGACAAAAACUGAUGGAAUUAUAGUCAAAAUUAAGAUUUUAUACUCUAAAAAGGAUUGGUCAACUUGACCAGUCUCUUGGUUAACAUAGUUAUGUCUGUUAAUAAUGGUCAAAUCAAUCAAAUCAUUGGUUAAAGCUAUCAGGGAUUCAGUUGAUUUUGACCAAUUUUAUCCGUCGGACAAAAUAGAAGCAAGAAAAUAGUUAUUGUGACCAAUCCCUUCUUUAGAGUGUGAGAAAAUAAGUCAUGUCAAAAAUAGAAUUAAAAUAUGAAAUAUCAUUCAUGCAAUCUUUGGUCAUUUUGUAGUGCAGAUUGCAUGUUUUCGUUAUUGUUAUUGAUCGGAACAAUGUAAAAUACUGACAUAAAAAUAAAAAAAACUGUUCAGAAGAGAUAAUGUUAUUAUGAUUUUACUCACGCAAAAUUGAUUUUGUGCACGAAAGACCUGUAUCUAUUCACUUAAGCAAAAUAUUAAAACAUAUUAAAAGGAAGUCGUAUACCAUCUAUGAUAAUUCCAUUAUAAAACAAUACAUAACAGGUUGCAAACGCUCCUUAAUUUCAUUUUCG